AUGGAUGUUGAAAAAAUUUAUGGAUCGCGCUUGAAGCACGUAGAGGCUGCUGCUCCACAAGACGAUGCUGUUAGUGAAGACGAUGCAUUUUCGGACGACGAUGACAACAUUCCCCUGUCGCAAAUAAUACGCAGAGAACUCGUGAUCUACGAGUCUAGUGAAGAGUGGGAACCAGAUGUCGACGACGAUGUUGCUUCUGAAAUCGACGAUAUCCUCGACAACGAAGCAGAAGCUGUUGCGACAAGAAAUUUACGCCGUACUGCAGCUCAAACUCCUACUAAUGACACACAACAAAAGCAAACCUUCCCUGGUCGUCAGCAGUCUAAGAAAAAGGACCCUAUCCGGUGGACCAACACCAAUCUUUUGUGGUCUACGAAAGACACUGAAUUCACAGGGGUGACUGAUCUACCGACUGGUAUUGCUGAAUUGUAUACUCCCUUUCAAUUUUUGUAUUACAUUUUUGGAAGAGAGAUAUCGCAGAAAAUAGCGGACGAAACAAAUCUCUAUGCAAUGCAACAGCGCCCUGAAAAAAUGUGGUCGGUAACCAGAGAAGAAAUCAAGCAGUUUUUGGGUACCCUCCUCUUUAUGUCCUUGACGCAAAAACCGUUCACACGUGAUUACUGGUCCAGUGUUCGUCCGGUUGAUGAACAAAUCGUCCCGUUCAAAGAAAGGUCUUGUUUAAAACAGUAUAACCCAAAGAAACCACACAAUUGGGGAUAUAAAGUCUUAGUCCUGAGCGGGGUAUCGGGUAUUUCCUAUGAAUUCGAGAUAUUCACUGGUGCAUCAUACAACAAUAUACUCCCUAAUGAACCCGAUCUUGGGCUUAGCAGCAACGUCGUGAUGAGACUGUCUCGGUCGAUUCCACGUGGACAAAACUACGUUCUGUGUUUUGAUAACUGGUUCUCCAGUCCAGGUCUCUAA